CGCCCCCUCCCUCCGCCUCCUCCUCCUUCGCCCGCAGCCGAGCGUCCCCUCCCCCCACCCGUCGGGCUCUUCGUCGGCUACUGCAGAGGAUUCAGAGCCGAAUCUGAGGAGGAGGCUCUCGGUCCCUGCGCGCCAUCCGCCACCUUACUGGACACAGGGGAGGGAGUGAGAGCGUCGUCGCUGUAGCCUCCUGAGAAGACAAGGGCAUCGCCGCCUCCGCCGCCGUUUUCGCCUGCAGCGGCUCGCCGGAUCCUCAGUCUUCCACAAUGAACCCUGUUUAUAGCCCCGUGCAGCCUGGGGCUCCUUAUGGCAACCCUAAGAACAUGGCCUACACAGGUUACCCUACAGCCUACCCCGCAGCAGCCCCUGCCUACAAUCCCAGUCUGUACCCCACCAAUAGCCCCAGUUAUGCUCCAGAGUUUCAGUUCCUGCAUUCAGCUUAUGCAACUCUGCUGAUGAAACAGGCCUGGCCACAGAACUCGUCUUCCUGUGGUACUGAAGGCACCUUCCACCUCCCAGUGGACACCGGGACCGAGAACCGAACUUACCAAGCAUCCUCUGCGGCUUUCAGAUAUACUGCAGGGACACCGUACAAGGUCCCACCGACCCAGAGUAAUACUGCUCCACCCCCCUACUCCCCAUCACCCAACCCCUAUCAGACGGCCAUGUAUCCAAUCAGAAGUGCCUAUCCCCAGCAGAAUCUGUAUGCCCAGGGAGCCUACUACACACAGCCGGUGUAUGCUGCCCAGCCCCACGUCAUCCACCACACCACGGUUGUCCAGCCCAACAGCAUUCCCUCCGCCAUCUACCCAGCGCCUGUUGCUGCUCCCCGGACCAACGGUGUGGCCAUGGGCAUGGUGGCCGGCACCACCAUGGCAAUGUCAGCAGGUACCCUGCUGACUGCACCCCAGCACACCGCGAUUGGGGCACACCCUGUGUCCAUGCCAACAUACAGGGCCCAAGGGACCCCUGCGUACAGCUAUGUGCCCCCGCACUGGUAAAGCCUGCAGCCCAUCCAAAUCUGGAGUCACACAUUGUAUGCAACUACUCAAGUCUUACACAGGUGCUGGAGCAGUUCCCUAGCAGCACCACCUCUAUUUGCAAGAAGAGACAACGGAAGUGCAAGGGUCACUUUAUGCAUCUUUAACGGUUUUGGUUUUUAUUUUUGGUUUUUGUAAAAGCUGCUUUUUCUAAU